CGUAAAACACAACACGCUCACAUGUCGGCUGCUAUUCGAGUUCUCCGUUCAUUAAGGCAAAGAUUUAUUGAUGUUUUACCUCAAAACUCUUUGAUCGAGUACUUCUCAACUUCGAGCUGUUAAUUGGAAUUAAAUAUACUUGUUGUGUGCUCCUUCAUAAAAUACUUUAGCUUUGUACGAAAGGCAAUGGCCAAGAUUGUCUACUGUUUGGUUAGUUUGUUUGACAGAUAAAGUUGAGCGGUGUCAUCUGCAUUUAUAACAUGUCUGGAUCUAAACAAAGAAUGCGAGAGAAGAAGCUGAGCAAGCAGCCUGCCAGUGUUCAGUAUACAUCUUCUCCUUUUAGCAGCUCACAGGGUGGAGGCUCUUGGAAUGGAAUGGAAACGCCGAAGUCUGGGCAUAGCAGCAGCACCUAUGGUGCUUCUCCAGGAGGUCCUAGCGAUCGUGGAGGAUGGGUCCGCGGCCAUCAGAAAGAUGGCGGAGCCUAUGAAGAGGAAUUGCCAAAGUUCAUCACUGCCGCGGCCUUUGCUGUAGCCCGGGCAUCAGAAGUGCAAGCCAUGAUGAAAGCGGUCACCAAGGAGACGGGUAGCUGCCAUGUGUCUGGGGCUAUUCCUAAUCACAUGAGGCGGAGGGCCAUGAGCCACAACACCAAGAGGCUGCCUUGCAGGUUAAGGGAGGUGGCCACCCGGAUGAGAGAGAAGGGUCUCAAGGCGGGCCCAAAGAAGAAGGAGCAGCCCAAGAGCAAGAGCCGCAAGGCCCGCCGUCGCCACGGUAACCUACUCCUGGAGUUCAACAGGCGGCAGCGGAAGAGCGUGUGGCUGGAGACACACAUCUGGCACGCCAAGCGCUUCCACAUGCUGAAGAAGUGGGGCUACUGUCUGGGCGACCGGCCCACCGCCAAGUGCUACCGCGCCUGCCACCGUGCCAUGAGCCACCACUGCCUACUGCAGGAUCUGUCCUACUACUGUUGCAUCGAGUUACAGGGAGAUGAAGACAAACUCCUUGCCUGCCUGUCUCAGUUGACCAGCAAGGACACAGGUCCUACGUUUGCUGCGGUGCUCGCCCUGUCCGGGCGGAGGCAGGGCAGUGCCACCGUGUACCGAGCAGGCCAGUAUCCCUCCCAGCCCCUGGGUCCGGUGACCUUCCUCUGGAGGCCCAGGACACCAGGCUCCUCUCAUAGACAGCUGUGGAUCUGGGCCCAUCCCACCCUCAAACAGAGCCUCUUCCCUGAGCUGCAGAGCGUGUGCCAGUGCAGAGAGCCCGUAAUCCCGGCCGUCGCUCUGGUGGUCACGCCUGCGGAGCCGGGCCCCAGUGCCUCAAAACCAGGACCCCGUCAGGCGAAGAAGAGCCCCGGGGCCAAGAGGAAACGCAGUGCCGGGGACGGUGAAGCACCCCCGGAGAAGAAGAUCGUCGGCGAUGGGACGAGACCUCCCUCGGCCCCGGUCACCUGGACCUCGGCCUCCACGGGGAUAGUCAUUAAUGACCUCACCAUGGAAGUUGUGCGGUACCGACUGAUUGGCCCACAGUCUCACGCUGUUCUGACAGAAGCCCUGGAGGCGGCCACAGACUGUGAUGCCGUGAGCAAAGCCCAGGCCUCUCCCCUUUGGUGGCCCCAGCACUGCAAAGACCAGGCCCAGAUGACCCUACACCGGCAGCAAGCGGAGGUCUUCCAGACACUCAAAGGUGUCUGCUCCACAGGGGAGGUCCCGCCAGGCACAGUGCUGGGUCUCAAUGUGGAGGACCCCAGGUUGGCCCUGCCCCAGAAGAGAACCCAAGCUUUGUCUGUCGUUUCUGCGGACCAAGAUAUUGACGAGACGACAAGGGAACUGAUGUUGAAAGGGGUACCCGAGCACUGCUGUCAGAGUUCCCUGUGGGACCGCUUUGUACGCGACAACGUCACCGAUAACAAGUUAUCCGAACAGCCAACCUGUGGAUGGGUGAUGUCACGCAGGCACCAAAUCUCACAGUGCGUCACCCCACAGGAGAUCAACCGCCGGAAGGGAGAGGUGUUGGUGCCGGGCUCCAGGCUGAGACCCACCCCGCCGCAGAGCCGGGUGCCCGUGCUGAUGGUGCAGCAGCCUGGGAAGCAGGUGGGCCAGGAGAUGAGCGGCUGGGGCGCCGGAUGGGAUCUGCUGCUGCCCAAGGGCUGGGGAAUGGCCUUCUGGGUCCCACUGGUGUACCGAGGCGUUCGUAUCGGGGGUCUGAAGAUGAGCCUGAAACACUCCCAGAACAAAGGAGCCCCCUAUUUCCCCCACGACUUCCCAGACUGCCCUGCCGGGGCCUGCUUCCAGGGGGAGCAGGAGACGGAGCUCCUGAACCAGUUCAAGAGGCGCCCGCCUGCCAAAAGGACCAAUUACAUAAAACAUGGCUGUCUGGCUCCGUUCCGUUGCCCCUGGCAACAGCUGGUGGAGGAGUGGGAGCUCAUCACGAGCGAGGCCCCGGAGGUGGGCAGCAGCAGCGGCGUCGAGGAGAGGCGAGGACAGGGCGGUGUGGAGCCUGGAUGGCGGCCGCGACCGGAGACGGCGGUGCAGAGCGGCUUCAGUGUCUUGAGGAACAGGAAGUCUCUGAAGCUGCUCUCCAAUUGGUGCCGGCCCACCACUGCAAAAGGUCAGAGGUCUCUACGCGCCCGGGACCAGGCGCCUCUCGACGCCGCGUCGGGGGCCGCGCUGCUCGCCGCGCACGUGAAGGCGUUGGCGUGGGUGCGCCUGUCCCUGCUGUCCAAGGGACGCCCGGAGCUCCAUGCCCAGGUGUGCGUGGCCACCCAGGAGGACCUGCAGCGCCUGGGCGACAAGAAAGAGGCCUACAGCGGCCCCCUGGAACACCCCCACAAAGACCGCUUCAAGAACAAGGUGAAGCGUCGCAAGAAGGGCGGCAAGAAGGGCAGCAAGAAGGCAUCUCCGGUCCCCAAGUCCUCCACCACGCUCCCCACUCCGGAAGCCCCCGACCCGCACCCCGACUCUCCCCUGGCCCUGGGAGCCUGCUCGCUCCCUGCGGCGGCGGGCCAGACGUCCGCCAGCCCUUCCUGCCCCCCCGCCCCGGCUGAAGGCCCCUCCUCCUCCUCCUCCUCUGCCGCGUCUCCCGCAAACCUGGUCUUAGGCCUGUGGCCCGAGCCCCUGCCCAGCGUCACGGCGCACUGCUCACGGGUGACGCUGGGCUGGGUCACCCAGGGAGACUUCUCCCUCUCGGCCGGCUGCGGUGAGGCGCUGGGCCUGGUCAGCCUGGAGGGCCUGGUCCACACCCUGAUGGCUCAGCCCGCGGAGCGGAGGGGCCUGGUCCUCCUGAGGAACCCCAGCGCCCUCCACUACCGCUGGGCAAAGAUCAACCUGGAGGCCUGAUCCCGGGGCCGCGCGCCAAGCCCGUUGGUGGGUGCCGCGAGGGGGACUGAGACAAGCCCUCCGUAAGUCACAUUGCCCUUAAGUUAUACAAGAUGAGUUUCUGGUUGUUUAUUUGAGAAGCGUUGGACAUUAUUGCACCCUUGAGCAAGAUAGAAAAGGAUACCAUUUAAUUUGACAUGUGGGUGAGGAAGUAAACAUGCCAUUCUUCUGUUUAAACGAUAGCUUUUAUUUUUGUAUUUUUUCCAAAAGAUGGGCUCAAGAUAUUUGAUGUGAUGAUGACUUUUCCUUUUCCCAAUAGUGGUAAUCUUUAAAUUCCUUUUCAUCAGAAAAUCUUCCAAUGGCCUGAAAUUGAAAGAUCAGAAAAUCCGAAACAAUAUUUGAGCCAUUCCAAUAAAGUCCUCGUUUGAUCUGAAUCUGAGCCAGCGAUUUUGAGUCUCUUUAGACUGCCAUCGAAAGCCGAAUUGCAUCUCUCCAUUUUCCUGCAGUGUAACCAAUCCAUCAACAAAGUCAAGCCUGUAUGCAGAAGGGGCAUUAAAAUGUAUCUAUUGGUGAAGUUCCACCUUGCAUGAACCCCGGGUGCCCACACAUGUGUAGGAGGUAAAUUAGAGGGUUGUUGCUUGGCAACGCUUAACUUUUCCUAACACUUUGCUGUGCAGUCGACAUGGUGACCUGAGGUAAAGAUGGCUGUUUAUGGCAGGUUAUUAAAAUGUGCUUAUAAACCAAUAACAAGGGAUUUCAUGGGCUGCCUUUGUGAGCUGUGAGGAUUUGAGGUCUACCCAGAGAAAAUGCUCACUAAGCAUUAUAAUGUGGUACAAAAAAGGAAGUUGCAGAACACACCUUUUUGCUUCAUCUCAUUGUUACACGAAAGUUAUCCUACUUUAUCAGUAUUCUGGGACCAUUACCUCAUGUACUCCUCUUGUUAAUCAAUCUCAAUGGAUGCUUAAUGAAUAUUAUGCAAACGUUAGUCCCUUAAUAAUUUAUUGGGUGCGCCGUGAUUUGAACCAGAAGCAGCAGUAUGCCUGACCAUUGUCAUGACCUCCUUCUGCCAGAAGAGGGCACAAAUGCACUGACUUAAACCGCAUGGCUUUACGCGAUCUGUAGACAAUGUUUAACGUCACAUACUUUCCUGUAUCCUCUAUACAAUUACACUACAUCAUUGCUGUGGUUAUGGAGAUAUUUAGAGCUGUAAAAAAUAUCUAUAUUAAUAAAGCCAUAACGGAUUGUG